GCGGGCGCGGAAGAAUGGUGAAGAUACGGAACAAGCACUUGAAGAGGCUCGAGGAGGUCCUGGAGCUCGCCGUCAGCUCAUCGCUCCGGGUGCGAGGAGGAAUGCAUGAUGCAGACGAGAUGCUGCGAGAUGUCGCCGACGAGUUGGAGGGCAAGAGGGCGAAGAGCAGUCAGGACUUGACUGGCAGUGAGGAGCGAGGGAGAGGAAAGGAGAGGACUGGAAACGGCGAUGAUGAGGAGCUCGUUAGGGUUGAGCGCAUGCUCGGACUCGCGCUCACUGAAGUUCUCCGUGAGGACCUGGAGGAUGCGUGUGCUGCGCUCGCCCAGCACAUCCGACGGCUGCUGGAAUGCGAGGAGAAGCAGCCGGGAGGGCAUUCAGAAGCAACGAGGAGAUGGGCAAUGCUGUUCGAGCAGGGAUGGCUCAGAGCCGCGCGAAUGACAAGCAAGGAGGGGAGGGAGGAGGAAGCUGCUCGUUCCCUGCUGUCCAAGUUGACAGGACAGCUUGAUGCACUGGAGGAGGUGUCGCAAGAGUUGCGAGAGCUCGAACUCGCUGCUUGCAUUCGCCGCAUGGCUGCUGUAGCUAGACGAAGCGGCUUGCUGUCGGUACAGCUCCGGCUGCGUUCCUGCUCACUACUACAAUCUGACGCUAGAGGA